GACAGAGAGUCCACCCCUCCAUCAGGUCCUGGGUCCCGCUAAGGCUCCGCCCCCAGCCUCCCCCACCCCCUCCGUCAGUCGGGACCGCAGCGGCCGGGGCGAAGGCAGGAUGGCGUCGAACGAUCUUGGGAAUUACGGACAGCCGUCAGCUCAGAGCUACGGGGGUUACAGCACCCAACCUGGGCAAGGUGGCUACACCCAGCCUCCUCCCCAGGGGUACAGCCACCAGGGCUACAGUGGAUACAGCCAGCCAACGGACUCUUCUGGCUACAGUCAGGGCAGUGGCUACAGUUCCUCCUACAGCCAGGCACAGACUGGGUAUGGGACCCAGCCCACCUCUCAAGGCUACUCUCACUCUGGCCAGGGUGGCUAUAGUUCCUCUGGCUAUGGCAAUACCCAGACACCACAGAGCUCCUAUGGGCAACAGUCUUCCUACCCUGGCUAUGGGCAGCAGGCACCUUCAGCCACCUCCUCCAGCAGCAGCUACGGGGGAACAAACUCGCAGACGACCAGUUACGGGCACCCACAGGGUGGUGGGGGCUACAGUCAGCAGCCAGGGUCCUAUGGACAACAGCAGGGACCCUACGGACAACAACCAGGGUCCUAUGGACAACAGCAGGGACCCUACGGACAACAGCAGGGCCCUUACGGACAACAGCAGGGCUACCAGGGCCAGGCAGGCGGAGGCUACGGUCAACAGGGCCAGUACGGUGGCAGCGGUGGAGGCAGCUCAGGGGGGGGUGGAUACAACCAGGACUCCAGCCCCGGUGGAGGCUACGGCAGCCAGGAGCCCGGUGGAUAUGGAGGAGGGCAGCAGGAAGGCCGUGGCCGAGGCCGAGGGGGGUAUAGCCGUGGCGGAGGAGGUGGUGGAGGCGGCGGCGGAGGUGGAGGAGCUGGAGGUGGCAGCUUCGAGCGAGGGGGCAGUGGAGGAGGAGGGCGAGGGAGUCGUGGAGGACGAGGUGGGGGUAUGAGCGGUGGUGAACGAGGUGGAUUCAAUAAGUUUGGUGGUCCCCGGGACCAAGGUUCGGGAAACGCCAACCCAGGCUCAGACCAGGACAACUCCGACAACAACACCAUCUUCGUCCAGGGACUUGGUGAGAAUGUCACUGUUGAUACUGUGGCCGACUUCUUCAAGCAGAUUGGCGUGAUCAAGAUGAACAAGAGGACCGGGCAGCCCAUGAUCAACCUGUACACUGACCGCGAGACUGGCAAGUUGAAGGGUGAGGCCACAGUCUCCUUUGAUGAUCCUCCCUCUGCCAAGGCAGCCAUCGACUGGUUUGACGGAAAGGAAUUCAACGGUCACAUGAUCAAAGUAUCCUUUGCCACGCGCCGUACCGAGUUCAGUCGUGGAGGCAUAAGAGGCGGGGGCAGAGGAGGUGGAGGUCGUGGGGGUUCCAUGGGCCGUGGAGGAUUCGGAGGUGGUCCACGAGGUGGUUUUGGAGGCGGAGGAGGAGGAGGUGGUGGUGGAGGACAGCAGCGAGCUGGUGACUGGAAGUGCUCAAAUCCGAGCUGUGGCAACAUCAACUUCUCAUGGAGAAACGAAUGCAACCAGUGCAAAUCUCCCAAACCCGAAGGAGCAGGCGGGCCACCCCAGAUGGGUGGUUUUGGAGGAGGGGAUCGCGGAGGCCGUGGAAACUUUGACCGUGGCGGUUUCCGUGGCCGUGGAGGGGACCGAGGGGGAUUCCGGAGCAGAGGUGGUGACCGAGGAGGGUUUGGCAUGGGAUCUGGGAAAAUGGACUCCAGGAGUGAUCACAGACAAGACCGAAGAGAGAGACCAUAUUAGUUUGUGUACAUACUCAUUGGGACCUUGGGAUUUCUACCUUUUAUUUUUUAUUUUGUAUACGGUUUCUGUGUUGAUUUGUGCAUCAAAGUGUGUAAUAACCGUUACAUUGCGUAAGAGCUUUUUUUUGUAUUUGUUGGAUUUUAACCUGUAUUUUCCACAAGUUGACAUUAAACCUCCAACUGUU